AUGGCAAGAACCGUGCCCGACUUACAACAAGCAAUAAGGAUCUUAGGAUUUGCUGGGUGCGGUGUCUCUCUCGCGACAAUGACAGCCAUAACACUGGAUCGUUUCGUAGCUCUUCAUUAUCACCUGCAGUAUCCAAAUUUAAUGACAACGAGCAGGGCGAUCUAUGCACUUGAAACUAUUUGUUCCACCAUAGCGUUCAUGAACUCGUCUAUUAAUCCAUUUUUAUAUUGCUGGCGUAUGGCCGAGCUCCGAACGGCAGUUUUUAAGACAGCAAGGCUUUUAUCUUGUAGAGAAACUGAUGGAAGUGCUCCAACCUAA